AUGGUGCACUGUGCGGGCUGCAAAAGGCCCAUCCUGGACCGUUUCCUCUUGAACGUGUUGGACAGGGCCUGGCACGUCAAGUGCGUCCAGUGCUGUGAAUGUAAAUGCAACCUGACCGAGAAGUGCUUCUCCCGGGAAGGCAAGCUCUACUGUAAAAACGACUUCUUCCGAUGUUUCGGUACCAAAUGCGCGGGUUGUGCGCAGGGCAUAUCUCCAAGCGAUCUGGUUCGGAGAGCGCGAAGCAAAGUGUUUCACCUCAACUGCUUCACCUGCAUGAUGUGUAACAAGCAGCUUUCCACCGGCGAGGAGCUCUACAUCAUCGAUGAGAACAAGUUCGUUUGUAAAGAGGAUUACCUGAGUAACAGCAGUGUCGCCAAAGAGAACAGCCUCCACUCUGCCACCACAGGCAGUGACCCUAGUUUAUCUCCGGAUUCCCAAGACCCCUCGCAGGAUGAUGCCAAGGACUCUGAAAGUGCCAACGUGUCGGACAAGGAAGGUGGAAGCAACGAAAACGAUGACCAGAACCUCGGUGCCAAGCGCAGGGGACCCCGGACCACGAUCAAAGCCAAGCAGCUGGAGACGUUGAAGGCAGCCUUUGCAGCUACACCCAAGCCCACACGCCAUAUCCGCGAGCAACUGGCCCAGGAGACUGGCCUCAACAUGCGGGUCAUCCAGGUCUGGUUCCAGAAUCGACGUUCCAAGGAGCGGAGAAUGAAGCAGCUAAGUGCGCUGGGCGCGCGGCGCCACGCCUUUUUCCGCAGUCCCCGCCGGAUGCGGCCGCUGGUGGACCGCCUGGAGCCGGGCGAGCUCAUUCCCAACGGCCCCUUCUCCUUUUACGGAGACUACCAGAGCGAGUACUAUGGCCCCGGAGGCAACUACGACUUCUUCCCGCAAGGACCGCCGUCCUCGCAGGCCCAGACGCCAGUGGACCUACCCUUUGUGCCAUCAUCUGGGCCUUCGGGGACGCCGCUGGGAGGUCUGGACCACCCGCUGCCUGGCCACCACCCUUCCAGCGAGGCGCAGCGAUUCACCGACAUCCUCGCACAUCCCCCAGGGGACUCGCCUAGUCCUGAGCCCAGCCUGCCGGGGCCUCUCCAUUCCAUGUCAGCGGAGGUCUUCGGGCCCAGCCCACCCUUCUCAUCUCUGUCCGUCAACGGCGGGGCCAGCUACGGGAACCACCUGUCCCAUCCUCCAGAAAUGAACGAGGCAGCCGUGUGGUAGCGGGGCCUCGCAUGGGCCACGGGAUCUCGUGGUUGUACAGAGACGAGCUUUUAUUUAAGAAAAAUAGGGGGGAAAAACACAUAAAAAGCAAGCCUCCUGCUCCACUUCCUCCA